AUGAAAACCAAAGACACAAGCGGUGUAACGUGUUCCUGCCCGGCUCACCAGGACCUGUGUCGCCAGCACAUGGCCUCCAAAGGCGCCUUCGGGCGGCUGGAGGCUGCAGCUCUGGGCGCCGUGGGGGGAGCGAGCGGAGGUGGAGGAGGGAGCGGGGGCGCCGGAGGAGGAGCAGGAGGCGCUGGAGGAGCGACGGGAGGAGCAGCAGGAGGAGGAGCCGACUCCAGGGUCAGCAGCGUCUCGUCCCAGUUCAGCGACGGAGCUCAGCCCAGUCCCAGCUCCCACAGCAGCACCCCGUCCUGGUGCGAGGAGCCGGCUCAGGCCAACAUGGACAUCUCCACCGGACACAUGAUCCUGGCCUACAUGGAGGACCACCUGAGGAACAAGGACCGUCUGAUGAAGGAGUGGGAGGCUCUGUGCUCCUACCAGGCCGAGCCCAGCGCCGUGUCCGUGGCCCAGAGCGACGCCAACGCCAAGAAGAACCGCUGCCCCGACUCGGUGCCCUACGACCACUCGCGGGUGAAGCUGAAGGCGGAGAUCAACCCGUCUCGGUCGGACUACAUCAACGCCAGCACCAUCAUCGAACACGACCCCCGGAUGCCGGCCUACAUCGCCACCCAGGGCCCCUUGUCACACACCAUCUCCGACUUCUGGCAGAUGGUUUGGGAGAACGGCUGCACCGUCAUCGUGAUGAUGACGGCUCUGGUGGAGGACGGAGAGAAGCAGUGCGACCGCUACUGGCCCGACGAAGGCUCGUCCCUCUAUCACAUCUACGAGGUGAACUUGGUGUCGGAGCACAUCUGGUGCAACGACUUCCUGGUGCGCAGCUUCUACCUGAAGAACGUCCAGACGCAGGAGACCAGGACCCUCACUCAGUUCCACUUCCUCAGCUGGCCGGCUCAGGGCAUCCCCACCUCCACGCGCCCCCUGCUGGACUUCCGCAGGAAGGUGAAUAAAUGCUACCGAGGACGGUCCUGCCCCAUCAUCGUCCACUGCAGCGACGGAACAGGUCGGACCGGGACCUACAUCCUGAUCGACAUGGUCCUGAACCGCAUGGCUAAAGGUGUGAAGGAGAUCGACAUCGCCGCGACGCUGGAGCACGUCAGAGACCAGAGACCUGGGAUGGUCCGCACCAAG